UUACUUUUUGUACUUUCGGCAUUUUAUAGGAGACCAUCGUUAUGCCGUUAAUGCAAUGUGCAUGUAAAACGACCCGGCGCACUUUAAGCAAACUUUAUUGAAUAAUGGUGUUACUUUUACAAGAAUCAUAAUGCAAUUUUCCUCAACAAUAGUAAAGAGUUAUGAAUAGUUCCCAUUUUAUCUGAAUUAUUUUUGCCUGGGUUUAUAUUUAGAUCAAGUGUUUGGAGAAAUUUUUUUUCUUACAAUAUCCAUGUUUGACUGAAUAUGUCAUUUUAAAGUGUGCUAAAUAAUCUGAUUACUGCUUUCAGGUACACUCAGAGGCAGGUCUUUCCCCUGGUGUCCACAGCCUCAGAUAUGCAGAUAAAUGCCAGAAGCAUAGGAAGCGUGUCCAGGAAAGAUCGGCACUGCCAUCGACUAAGCGGCGGCGACUACAAUUAAAACAAGAGCGGUUAAUAACACAAGGUGCUCAAGAAGCUCUUGAAGGCAUGUCCUAUCAGUCAGGCAGGUAAAGUGAUUUGUGCUGUUUUUUUUUUACUUACAGAACAAACAUAUACAUGUAUUUUGACAAAAUACUGUCAGUCUUGCAGGUACUUGUGUUUUCCUUCUUCUUUUCCUUCUUCGAACAUCAUUAGGAGCUUGUAACUAUAAACAUUACUAAAACAAAGUUUGCAAAUUACCUUUUGUUUACUUUUAUAGGUUAUAUUCUAAUCUAUAUUUGUAUUUCAGAGAUUGGGCAUUCAGAUGAUGCUGACAUCCAAAAGCUGCCAGAUCCAGUCCCUCGUGGUGACUUCAAACUUAUAGUGCUGCCAACAGGACAGCCUACAUACAUUGCUUUUGACCUGGAGACAACUGGCCAUAUUAAGUAGACCUGUAUUGCGAAUUCGUUGAUAUAUAUCAUGUGAAAACUGUUAAAAAUCCAACACCUGGUUAAUGCUAACGCCAACGCCAAAUAAAUAUAUUUCACUUUAAUGUGUGAUCACAAACAACAAAGUAACUUCAUUCUUAUAAUUCUGACGUUGCUAAGUAAGUUAUUGACGUCGUGACGUUAUGACGUCAUAAUGACGUUAUAUAAAGUUUACCAAAUAAAAAUUAGAUGAAAUUAACAAAAACUGUAACACAGUCGUUUUCAUUUAGGUUAUCGUCAUUCGAUACUAGGUUGAGUGAUUAGACGUCUCUUAAAAUAUAAUUGUAAAAAAAUAUGCAAUAUAUCCUUAUUCGGAACAAGUUGAAUUUGAAUAAGAUCUCAGAUUAUUAUAAGAGCACGUAAAACAGCCAGGCAUGUGAUUUGGCAAUUUCAGCAAAUGUCAAUGUGUCCUAUUUAUAAAUAAUUGUGUUGUUUGUUUCAGUACACGAUGGCCAGAUCCCACAUAUUACCCAGGUUGCUGCCACAGAACCUAAAAGUGGGAAAGCUUUCAAUAUGUAUGUUCUACCUACAUGACCCAUAUCCGACAAGGCACAAGAAGUGACCGGCCUAAGAAUGGUGGAUCACAAGAUGCAGUACAAUGGAACUAAUGUAGGGGCUUAUUCCAUAUAUGAAGCCUUGAAAUCAUAUUGUGAUUGGUUAGAACAAUUUCAGAAUGUUGUAUUGGUUGCGCAUAAUGGCAGAAGAUUUGACUUUCCUGUUUUGUUGACGGCAUGUGACAAUGUAGGAUUGAGGGACAGAGUGCGUAAGUGUGUUGCUGGAUGCGCGGAUUCACUGUCUAUAUUUAGAAAAGCAUACCCAAACAGGAAGUCUUACAAACAGGAAGACCUUGCAAAGGAUCUAUUGGGAGCUUCAUACUGUGCUCAUAAUGCUUCAGAAGAUGUCACGAUUCUUGGUAAACUUAUUCACCACUUGGACAUAUUAUCUGUUGAUCUGCUGCCGCACACAUUUUCAGCAAAAUCUGUGUACAAUUCCCAGUUGUGCAGUCGGGAAAAAGCAAAGAAUUUGCCGUCACUUAGAGUAUUGAUUUAUAAUAGUGUGUGUAAGUUAACUUCAGCCGAGAAUAUUGCUGCGUCCGGCUUGAACCUACAACAUCUAAGGUGCAUCUUUAAGCGCCAAGGCGAAGAUGGUCUUCGGAACAUUUUCGUGAUGAAGAACUGUGAUGGUCAGCCACGAGUAACUAAUACUAAAAGGACAUUAGAAACUGUUAUCCCUGCCCUUGCACAGUAUUUUUCAAGGAAUUAGUGUAUGACAUAGCAUUUUUAUAUGAUAUACUUCUGUGUUGCUCCAGAUGUGAUACUUUGUGAAUUAUACAGUUUAGUACACUGGUCGUGCUCUUUCUAAAGUCAGAACAAUACGUCGAGGUCCAUUUCAAGUUGACAAUUUUUCCAUUUACUCAGUAUGUACAGUAAUUAACAUAUUUAUAGAAUGCUUAGACUAUAGCUUCAUGAUAAUUUGGUCAUUUUAAGAAUGUUUGAUACUUUUCAAAAUGUAUUUUGAAUUUUACAUAAAGAAAUGUGUAUUGGUAAUGAAAAAUGGCCAAAAUCAGUUUACGGGGUUGUCAAAUAUAAUGCUGUAUAUUUUACAAACAACAUGGUAAAUGAUGUUUUUCUUUUGUUAUUUUUCUCAUAUGGUAUGUUAGAUAAUUUCUAUGUAUUUCAAUUGGCUGGACCUUGUAAGUAGGUUAUAGAAAAUUCUUAGAAAAAUUGAAGUACAAGUCUACUUUUUCACGAUAUGGCCAUUUUCCGAGUAACAAUGGUAACAUAUUUUUGUUUUCAUAAGUUUUAUUGCAAAUACUGUCACUCAAAUGAUAUUUUAUUUUUAUAAUAUAAUAAAUGUACUACAAUUUGGGACCAAAUUUCUAAUGUUUUUGCAAUAUCUGUUGAAAAUAAGCUCAUUUCUAUAGUUCAACUCUGGCAAAUUUGACAUGAUCCUGAAAGAGAAAGGCCGAAAACAUACACUUUGUCAGAUGGUAAAAGUCAAUGAAAAUUUGCAAACAUGUCAGGCAUGUAGCAUAGAUUCAAUAAAUAUUAACAUUCCAUAAGUUCUAAGAUAUGUCAAUGAUGGGUCUAAGACCUUAAUGGAGCAGCUCUUUACUCAUGUACGAAGUAGGCUAAUACGUGUUUCACAUGUUGUUCAUUGCGGCUGAUCCACUGCCUAUAUAUAUUUAUGUCUGUACAAGUCGGUAUCAUACUGUAUUGUAAUAGACUGUAUGAUUAUAAAUGAGCUCUUUGUAAUGACGCAAACUUCCGUUCUUUCCUUGUGUAAUUUGAUUGCUGGAAAAUCGCACAUAUAAUAAACUAUUAUAUGUCUUAUAUUAACAUAAUUUUGGUAAUUAUUUAUGAUUAUGUAUCAUACAUACGAGAAA